GAUUGAAUCCUGAUUAGAUAGAUGGUGACACUACCGAAGAGUUGCCAUCAUAUUGUAACCAUAUAAGCCUUUUGAUGAACAUCACGAGUUCAGAAAACUUCAGCUUUGAUAUCUAAAUAUAUAUGUAUCACUGGUCGCAUGUAAUAUCGAUCCUUCUCCAAAAUGAAGAACUCGUCAAAUAUCAGUCUAGCUCUUUGGGUUGUCAUCACUAUCAUCUUUUUCUUCUCCAAAUCUCACCAGCAAAUUUUCCCUCCCCUACCCAUCCCAAAUCCUAGACUGAUAAAGGCUUGCAUAGCUCUCCAAGCUUGGAAACUUGCAAUGACUUCUGAUCCCAACAAAUUUACUGCCAAUUGGAAUGGGCCUGAUGUCUGCAAUUACACUGGUGUUUAUUGUGCAGCAGCCCCAGAUGACCCCCUCAAGUUAACGGUCGCCGGAAUAGACCUGAAUCACGCCAACAUUGCUGGAUUCUUGCCGGAAGAGCUCGGCCUCCUCAAGGACCUUGCUCUCUUCCACUUAAAUUCUAACCGCUUCUAUGGUACAAUACCUGCUAGCGUUAUCCAUCUCCACCUUCUUUAUGAACUUGACGUUAGUAACAAUCAAUUUAGUGGCCCGUUUCCUUGCGUUGUUUUUGAUCUACCUUCACUCAAAUAUCUCGACAUUAGAUUCAAUGAGUUCCACGGCGACAUCCCAAAAGAAGUUUUUGAGCUAGAACUCGAUGCCCUUUUCCUUAAUGAUAACAAAUUUGACUCACCUUUGCCUGAAAAUUUAGGCAAUUCACCCGUCUCAGUGUUCGUCAUAGCCAAUAAUAACGCUGGUGGUUCCAUCCCUCCAAGUUUGGCAAAAAUGGCAGGGACCCUUGAAGAGAUUGUUCUCUCUAAUUUGGGAUUGACAGGUUGUUUACGCCAAGAUAUUGGGACGUUAAAAGGGUUGAAAGUUCUUGAUGUGAGCUUUAACAAGCUAUGUGGGCCGUUGCCAGAAUCUAUGGGAGAAUUAAGAAACUUGGAGCAGCUAAGUGUGGCACACAACAAGUUGUCUGGUCAGGUUCCCGAGAGUAUAUGUUCCUUGCCUAAUCUGGACAACUUCACUUACUCUUUCAAUUACUUCUCCAGUGAGUCAUCUGCGUGCCUUAGAUUGCCAGCGAAAGAUGAUAGCAGAAAUUGUAUUCCAGGUAGGCCUUUGCAACGAUCUCCUGAAGAAUGCAGGUACUUUUACACACAUCAAAGUAAUUGUGGUGCUAAUACAUGCUCACGGAGCUAGAACUCCACUAGCACUGCCACUAUACCAUUAGUGGAUCGCAAUUGAUGAGUUCUUUUCUUCAGUCAGUUUGUAUAAGUGUUUUAAUGGCAUAUUAUACUUGGAAGCUGCCUUAUGUGUAAGUUGGUAGGAUUAUAAUUUUAUGCAUAUGAAGUUAAAUUUCAGGCAAUAUCCAAUUAGAAAAUGAGAAACCUGGUUAACUAUU